CACAAGAAGAAGCCUCCCUGACUUUUCAGAGAUCGAAGGGCGCCAACUGAGGCGGAAGAUGGAAGAUUAUUACGUCAGACGAGUCGAAUCACGUGAUCACCUACAAUACUGUACAUUGCUUGAUCAGAUUGGUAAAACAUUAACCCGAGAAAAUGUGGAUGAUAUGAAGUUUUUGUCACGAGAUCACGUAAAACCAAGAUCAAUCCUGUACGAAGUUUUCACAGGUGAACAGAUGCUGGCGCUAUUGGAGGGACAACAUUUACUGGCAGAGAAUAGUCUGGUAUUUUUACAGAUGUUGUCUUAUUAUAUUGGGAGGUUAGACAUAUACAACAUGGUGGUAGAAUUCCGUAAACGAAGACAAAGACAAUUACUCAGACAAGGUUAUGACAUUUCCCCUGACUAUCAGAGUGA